AUGGGCCCAAUUUGUCCCUUUUUCUUUUUAGUCUUGAUCUUUCUGGAGGGAAACCCAGCUUACCCUGCAUGCAACCCAGAAUGUAUAUGCUCAGAUGACAGCUUUGGCAGGUCUCUGUUGUGCAUGGAUACUUCUUUGAGAAAGAUCCUGGGAAACAUCCCCAAAGAUAUCAAGAAACUUAGGAUAGAAAACUCUCACUUAACUGAGCUGCCUCAUGGGUCCUUUUCUAACAACAGUGCCUUGGAAUUCCUUUGGCUCAACUUUAAUAACAUCACAGUGAUUCACCCGGGAGCCCUGGAGCAUCUGAGAGACUUGAGAGAGCUGAGGCUGCAAGGGAACAGGUUGUGUACAGUGCCAUGGACAGCGUUCCGAGCAACUCCCGUUCUAAACAUCCUUGAUCUCAAACACAACAGGCUCGAUGUUCUGCCCAAGCAAGCGCUUCAGUAUUUGGUUAAUCUUACCUAUUUAGACUUGUCCUUUAAUGAACUUAUGGUGGUGUCUGAGGAUGUCUUCAUCCAGUGGCCCAUGUAUCAGAAAAGCAGGAAAGUCAUCAGCAGGGCUGAAGGCAUGUCCAACGUGGUGCUGGCUUUGCACAAUAAUCCAUGGAUGUGUGAUUGCCAUCUAAAGGGGCUUGUUCAGUUUUUCAAAUCCAUCAGGCCCCCUGUCAUCCUAAUGAACUCCUAUCUGAUGUGCCGGGGUCCUCUUUCAAAGGCAGGGCAAUUUUUCUAUGAAGUAGAGCUUAAUAGCUGCAUGAAGCCAAAGACUUCAACCCCUAAUUCUAACAUUACUGUCCAAGUGGGGCUAAAUAUCACUCUAAGCUGCCUGGCACAGGCAAGCCCCUUACCAAACAUUGUGUGGAAUUAUCCACUGAAGAAGCUGAAGGAAUUUGAUGUGUCUAUUUCUCGUAUCGGGGAAGAUUCCAUUCAUUCUGAAUUGGUGAUACCUUCAGCCCAUCUAACAGAUAGUGGCAACUACACCUGUGUCGCCAGCAACUCCAUGGGCAGCAGCUCUGUCCCCAUCUCCCUUCAGGUUCAGCCUGUGCCCUCUUCCUCCUCCUCCUUGACUUCCUCGGGAGAGCAUUCCUACAUUUAUGUGAGGAUCACCAAGCAAACUCUUUAUGGAAUCGUGCUCGAGUGGUACGCUGCCACAGACAACGCUUCAGAGACCUGGUUCACACUCUACUUUGGAAUAUAUGAAGCUGUCAAGAAAGAAACUGUCUCUAUUGGUCCCGGGAUCAACACCUACUGGGUGAACGACCUGCUUCCAGCCACAAAAUACGAGGCAUGUAUCAGCCUACAGAGCCAGCCACCCCGCAAGGACCAGUGUAUUGUCUUUGUGACGGGCAACGACAUCAGCGAGCUGUACAGGAGGGAGAGAGUCAUCCACAUCAUUGUUGUGCUUUGUGCCUUGGCCCUGGCCGUGCCUGUAGGCAUGUACGUCUGUGCCUCAGAGGCCCAUCUUGGUUGCUUGGGCCACUGUCUGGACAAUUGUCCUCGUAGGAAAAAUGGAUCAAGAUGCCCCAGCACCGUCAUUGAGAGCAGGGAGACCAUGUUCAACAACCUGACAACUGGUAUCGAGGAGGGUCUCUGUCUUGGGGAGAUCAGAGAGGAUCAGAGCCAACAAAUCCCUGACAGAGAGUCAAAAUAGUAUUCACCUUUUUCAGGUGGAUUAACUUCAAGGCAGGUUGGCUUGGAUCCUCUGAGUUAAAUUACCAGAAUUGGGGAAGGGAAAGCCACACUCCUGAGAACUUCAUGGUCCCCCUUCGGCUUAGGAAUUUUGCUGAACCAGUAGAAAGUGAGCAUGGCUCACCUUCUAACUAUAAGCUCAAAAUUCUGAAGAACAUUAUUGAUAAAGGAAGGGCUCUGAUAUCUCAUCCAGCCCACAGACUGUAACCCAUUCAUUCCUUCUCACUCUAAAUGAUUCUUCCUCAUCAAUUCUUGGUCCCCCAUAAGUUGGGGUCUAUUCACUGUAGGUCUUUUAGUGGGUACCAUUCUCUCAUUAUUGGUCCAGUGGGAAGCAGAUCUGUCUAUGAUACAAGUGACCCAGGUGCCAGUCCCUAAUGAGUGAGGAAAUACCCAAUGCCCUCAAGGCACAGCCCAGUGGUUCUCAAAGUCUGGUCCAGAGCAUCCUGAAGAACCUCUGAAAUGCUUUCAGAGAAUCUACAAAUUCAUAAUUGGUUUUUAUUUUUAAUGUGAUCAAUAUCUAUAACUAUAACCCACAUUAAACAAAAACUCGUUGGACAGAUCCUCAAUCAUUUUUAAUAGGAUAAAGAUAUUGAGAAUAAAAGUUUGAGGACCACUGGCCCAUAGCCUAUUUAGAGAGCUAUAGAGAUACCUGUAAGUCAUUGCACCAGAGCUUCCCUUGUAGUGAGUCUAUUAGAAGGAAUUCUUCAAAGUAUGUGAUAGAAACCAACUAUUAGUUUCACUGAUGGGUUACAUGUUGGAGGUGGGGGAGAGGAGGGAGGUUGCUUCUUCAUUGUGCUCUUGUGAAAUGCAACCAUUUGUUAAUGCCAUUUUAUAAAUAAUCUUGACCAUUUUGUAAGCAUUGUGAUUCCCUCAUUUCUAAGGGAAUUGUGAAUAUUUACAAUUCCUUGGGAAGGCAAUAUUGUGAUGGAUUGUAAAAGUUACUAAACUUUUUAUGCCUUUGACCUCUUAAUAGGUAUAUGUCCUAAGAAUGCCAAUGAAAGGAAAAAUCAACACUUAUUUGUACAAAAAUACUAUUAAUAGCGUUAUUAAAGAUAUAUACAUUUAUUUUUUAAAAAUAGAAAAAAGCCAUAGGAAUAAUGAUUAGCGAUUUGCUAUAAAAAUUGAGGCAUAUGAGUAUGAUGGAAUUUUGUUACACCAUAUUUAUUGAGUGACCAUUUUAAUUGACAGUGUGAAGAAUGAGAAAUGUGAAGAUACUCAUAUUAAGUGAUACAGAAUAAAGAAAGCACGAUCAGAACAACCACAUAUAUAUUACAAUUACACAAAACCAAUAAUAGAAAGAGUACCAAAAACCUAAGAAAAAAGUUCAAAAAGGGACUUUCAAGUAAACAAGAUGGUAUUAUUUUGUUAAAGCAAGUGUAUACAUGUCAAGGUUGUAAAUAUUUUGGAGCUACAGGUUUUUUUUUUUUUAACAUGAUCACCUUUUAUCUUGUUUAUCCUAAUGUUUCUGUUGAUGCUCAUCAAAUUUAGUGUUAAAAAUUAAAAUGGUGAUUGAAGGAAAUAGAAGAUGGUGGCAAUAAUUAUGGAAUUCAGGUACACCUGUUCUUGACAAGCAAUGAUGACUAUGGAUAAGAUAAAGAAAUUUUAUUUUUGUCAUGAGUUUAGGCUUUGAUGUAAGAAGAAACUUUCUUCUAAUUAGAUCCAUUUUAUAGUGGGUGGACUAUCUUAGGAGGCAAGGGAUUCCUUUUUAGUGAAAGUUUUUGAGUAAAGGCUAGAUGAUUACUUAUUAGGGAUGUUGUGGAAAGGAUUCUUGUUCAGAUAUGGGGGGAACAUGUGGCAUCUGAGGACCUUCAAAAGUCUGAACAUUCCAUGAGUAUUCCAUUCAAUUCUUGUUUUUCAUUUAUGAAAUUGGUCUAAAGAUAGACUUAAAAGUCUUAAAGUUAAACUACAUUUAUGUGGAUACGGAUAUAUACAUUUCUGUACACAUACACAGAAUAAAUAUACAUAUACACAUGAAAUGCCAUUUUCUUACAGAAUAUUUACAUAUAGAGAUAGUCCUGUACUACACACAUGUGAAUUAGUGAGUUAAACACAUUCAUAUAUAAGACACCCAAUGAUGAUAUCUAUGUAAAUGUAUAUUCACCUAGACUGCACAUAUCUACAGUUGUGCUUACUUUUUCAAGAAACAUUUCCUUAUGAUGAAUUCAAUAAAAACUAUAUAAAAUGAA